AUGUCGAGCAUCGUCGUCUCCGACCUCGUCCCCGUCAGGCAUCGCGGCAAGUAUAUGGCCGUCAUGCUGGCGGCUUACUUACUGGGAGCCGUGAGUGGUCCGUUAGUGGGGGGUUUCCUGGUCCAGAACGGCGCUUGGCGGUGGGUGUUUUGGCUGCCCGUCCCGUUCGGCGUGGUGAGUCUUCUGGCCUUGGUCGUUUUACUAAAAGGUAGCGUCAGGCCUGCAAACACAAGCCGUCGUGAGCGCCUUCGGCGCGUGGAUUAUGCCGGCAGCCUGGUGCUGGUAGCCGCGACCGGUGCCAUGCUGUACGCAGUCACCUACGCCGGGUCCGAGUACCACUGGUCUGAUGGCCGGAUAAUCGCCGCGCUCACCGCUGGCGUCGCGGGAUUGGUUUUGUUCUGGCUCCUCGAGCGGCGCCUCGGGCGCAGCGAGACGGUCGAACCGGUCAUGCCGCUCCGCCUGCUGAACCACCGAACGGGCGCUACUGUGGCGGCCGGCGCGUUUGCCAGCAGCCUGCUUAGCAACUGGACCAACUUUUUGCUACCCGUGUACUUUCAGGGCGUGCGUAUGUCGACACCCUCGCGGGCCGGUGUGCAGCUGCUACCUAUCAUUGCUGUCGCUGUGCCUGCGAGCAUUGUGUCUGUCGUCUUGGUGAGCAAGCUCGGGCGGUACCAAAUGCUGCACGUGUCUGGGUUCGCGGCUAUGUGCAUCGCGUGCGGGCUGUUUAGUAUCUUAAAUGAGGCGUCGGGAGACGCCGAGUGGAUCUUGAUCGAGGUUUUGUUCUCGCUCGGUCUAGGUAUGGUGGUCAACACGUUACUGCCGGCGUUUCAAGGCGCCGUGAAAGAGAGCGACCAGGCGGUAGCUACUAGUACUUUCACAUUUGUGCAGAGUCUGGCUAUCAUCUGGAGUGUGACGAUUCCCGCCGCAAUAUUCAACAACAGAUUUGAGGAGCUUGCGGGUGGGAUAUCGGAUGAGCGGGUCAGGGAGCAGCUGGGCAGCGGAAAGGCCUACGGAUCUACGACGCGGGCAUUUAUAGAGAGCCUACAAAGGCCGGUGAAAGGCGAGGUCGUGAAAGUCUUUGGCGAGGCGAUUAGUGGCGUUUGGUACAUGGCGGCCGGCAUUGCUGGCGUUGCUUUCUUGUUUGCGUGUGCCGGGGGGGAACUUGUUUUGAGGGACAAGUUGGAGACGGACUUUGGGCUGGAGGAGAAGAGGGAUAAGGGGAUAAGAAGAGGGGAUGAAAGUAAAGUCGGCGCAUAA